AAUUUGUCAAAAAUAUUGAAAUCACUGUUUGACAAUAUUUACUUAUUUUGCGUGUAUUUAUUUUUUACCCAAUAAUAUAUUAAACACAACAUGGCUUUAACAAAGGAAGAGAAAAAGGCAAAGAAAGAACAGAAACGGCUAGAAAAACUAAAAGCCGAGGAAGAACUUCGCAAAAAGUUGAAACGAGAAGCUCUAGAACGAGAAAUAGCUGCACAAGCACUAAAGCGAGAUGAAGUCGACAAAACUUGGCGUGAGAUGAUGCUAAAGAUUAAAGAACCAGUCUUCAAACAGGAUAUAGAGGUUAUGUGGCAUACGUUUGAAAGAGCUUAUGAUAAACAAGACCAUUUAAUAAACUACACUAUCAAGCUCAUGAACAUAGCAGAUGAUCAGUUUCAACGCACUGUUGCUAGUUUUUGCGAUACAAUUGAUACCAUGAUCAACAAAUUUUUAGCAGAUUUGGAAGCAUUGUCUAAAGACAAUGAUAUCAGGACUGCUGCAUUGUUAAAGAUGGGGGAAGACGAUUUUACACAAAUAAUGACUGAUCACAAUACUGCAGAAACUCAUUUACAAUUACUUAUAUUUCAUGGACAUUCAACAGCUGAUACUUUAGCCUGGACAACUCGGGGUGAAAAUUUAGUAAAAGAAGAUGAAGAGCGUACCAAAUAUUUAGAUGAAAGGGAAAAUUUGCGUUCAUUUUUAGAAGAUAAUUACAAUGCAAUGUGGGAUGAAUAUAAGGCUGUGCUCAAAGCAUACGUUCUUGAUACUGCCGACAACCAAAAACAGGUGCGUAAAUUACGUCGCAAAGAAAAUUUAAUGGCAGACAUUAUCGCUUCACAAGGCAAGAAAAUAGCAAAUAGCGAUGGGUUACUUAAACGCCUACGAACCGAACUGGCUGCUUACGAGUCUGGUACAAAACAAGCUGUAUUCAGAGACAGACGCAACAGGCAUCGAGCAGCCUGCUUCCGGUUGAAACAAGCCUUGAUCAACGGAGUUACGACUGAUGUCAAUCAAUUAGCAGUGUUGGUAAAAGAAUCUGACACUGCCGUUGAAUGGUUAGAACAAGCUGCCAAAAAGGGUGAGAAAAUCUUACGCAUGGGAGCCCUUUGUCGAAAAUUUGAAACUUUACGCGAAAAGGUCUUACCAUAUGGCUCUCACAGGCCACAUUCCCCAACUAGUGAAAAAGAUGAUAUUCGCAGGCAAAUAUCGCUCGCCAGAUUAGGCGAAGAUUCUUUGGUCACGAAUGCUAUCGCCACCACAAGCGGCUUAUCACGUAUGUGGCAACGUGUAGCUAAUGCGGAGCUGGGUAAAAGAGCGUUAUUUAGAGAAAAAAUGCUUUUGGAACACGAAAACGCCAUGAUAAUGCGCAAGCUUCGCGAGAUGAAAGAUAGUUCGAUUACUCCAGACCCUGGAUUACAGUGCAUUUGUAGCAAAGCUCCUACGAAUAAAACGAUUAACCGUCCUAAUGCCGUAGACGGUCCUUUGUCAUUGUUAAAGUAUAAAAAACGUUGAUGAUUAUACGAUUAUUCAAUAAAAUUAAUUGGUUGAAACUA